AUGCGCCCAGUAGUGGAGAAACUUCAGCAAAAUGGACAUGAAGUUGUUGUGGUUGUACCGUCAACAAGUUUGCAUAUGAAGCCAAAGGAGCCUCAGAAUUAUACAGUGAAAGUAUAUCCAAUGCCUUACCAAGAGGACCAUUUAGCUGCGGUGCUCAAAUCAUUCAUUGAUGCCCAUUUUAUUGAACAAUCUCUUUUGAAUAUCAUUAUUACAACGUACCAAAGCACCAUAGAAAUAUCCAAGUUGUUUUUCAGCAACUGUAAGAGCCUCUUGCACAACAAAGACAUGAUGCAGUAUCUGAGAGAGAGCAAAUUUGAGGUAGUUUUAUCGGAUCCAACUCAGAUGUGCGGACCCAUAAUUGCUGAGCUGCUUUCAAUUCCUUCCGUCUACUUUCUGCGGGGACUUCCUUGUGGUACGGAUUCUGAUGCCACCCAGUGCCCAAACCCUCUUUCCUACAUCCCCAGGCUCUUCAUCGGUAAUUCAGAUAACAUGAUAUUUACUCAACGUGUGAAGAACGUGCUGGUCCGUAUGCUGGAGUUGGUUUACUGUAAGCCUUUCUUUGCUCAAUUUGAAGAACUUGCAAGUGAGUUUUUCCAAAAGCGAGUGACAACUGUGGACCUUCUAAGCCGUGGAUCUGUUUGGCUGAUGAGAUAUGACUUUGUGUUUGAGUUCCCGAGACCAGUGAUGCCCAACAUGGUUUUUAUUGGAGGGAUAAACUGUAAUGAGAAGAAAAACCUCUCUCAGCUCUCUUGUGUGUGGGUUCCUAUCCAUCCAACCUGCAACAUGCUGGUGGCAGUGCUGCUCCUCUUCUUGUGCUGCCUGAGUCCUGCCACUGCUGGAAAGGUCCUGGUAAUCCCUAUGGAGGGCAGCCACUGGCUCAGUUUGAAGAAGGUGCUGACCGAGCUGAACAAGAAAGGGCAUGAAAUAGUUGUUAUGGCACCAGAGAGCAAAAUGCUGGUAGAUUCCUCGGGGACAUAUGAAAUGAAAACUUAUCCUGUACCUUUCAAAAAGGAAGAGAUUGAAGAAUCUUUGCACACCAUUAGUGAAACUGUUUUCAGCAACGAUCCUUUCCUGACCAGGUUUAUGAAUACUUGGAAUAACUUCAAAAAGGGCUCUGCUAUGCUUCAAACUGCCUGCCGUUUCUUACUGUACAACAAAGAGCUGAUGAAAUACAUUGAAGAAAGUAAAUUCGAUGUCAUCUUUACAGAUCCUCUGACACCCUGUGGACAGAUAAUUGCUUUGAACUUUUCUAUUCCUACUGUUUUCUUUUUGCGGGGCCUCCCAUGCGCUGUAGACAUUCAGGCUGCUCAUGCACCAGACCCACCAUCCUAUGUCCCACGCCUAUUCUCACAAAAUACAGACCACAUGACAUUCUCUCAGAGAGUGAAGAACUUCCUGAUAAGCCUUUCAGAGACUUUCACCUGCGAUAUGGUCUUUUCAGGAUUUGAAAGCCUGGCCUCAGACUUCCUCCAAAAGCCAAUGACAAUUAAGCAGCUUUUAAGUCAUGGAUCCGUUUGGCUGAAAAGAGCUGACUUUGUCUUUGACUAUCCCAUGCCUGUAAUGCCCAAUAUGAUUUUCAUUGGAGGCAUAAACUGUGAACAGAGGAAACCAGUAUCUCAGGUCGGUGACUGA